AUGCGAGGGGACCCUGCCACGCUCGACCCCCACCCCCGGGAAGAUGUCACGCUGCGGUGCGGGGACACCUGCAUCACCCUGAACUCCCGACUAGCCGGUGCCACCUGGUCAAUGACCUACCGUGGCCAGGAGCUGAUCCUGCCCCAGCCGGGGAACGGGGGCAGCCUGCAGUCCGCCUGCGCCUUCGACGUCCGGCCCGGCACCUCCCCCGAGGCGGAGAACCCCACGGAGGCGGGGAACGUGAACGACAACGCCGGCGCCACCUCCUCCGAGUGGAAGGUGUGUCGCGUGAACGCCGACCACACCGAGGCCUACACGGAGACCCUCAUGGCUUACUUCUGGCCCCCCGGCAGGCCCAUGGAGUCCGGCCCGGACCGAGGCCCCCCCCGCAACACCAGCGUGCUGUCCCGCGUCACCCUGGCCAAGCACCUCGUCUUCCUAGCCCCGGACCUCCUGCGCUACACCGUGGCCUUCUGCCUGCCGGCCGACGAGCCGCACUGGUUUGCGCAGGUCGAGGCGCUGACAGGAUACAUGCACCCUAGCACCCUCCCCUGCCGCUGGAAGGUGGCCGCUGAGCGGGGGAGGGGGGGGCCCUUCGCGGCGUGGACCCCGGUGCCCUCCGGCGACGCCCCCGCCGCCCGGCCGGGCACGCCGGCGGAGGGCAUGGUGUACGCCUCGCGGGGCGGGGCGUUCGCCUUUGGCGUGGCGGCGGUGGACUGGCCGCCGGGGGGCCACGUCUACGCCGGGGACGAGGCCGCGCCGCCUUGGGCGGGGACCUGGCAGGACCCCUACAAGUGGAACUACGUGCACCACUUCAACGCGCAGGUCUCGCCCGAGGACAGCCGCAUCCCCACCGGGGCGCUGGGGUACAGCUUUCUCCUGGCCACGGGCGACCUGGAGCGGGUGCGUGGCGUGAUUGCUCAGGCCACGCUGCUCGCGGCGGCCAAGUGCCGGCCACCGGCGUAG